AUAGGCACAGUACAUCUGUAAGGCACCCACCUGUGCCAUAGGUGCUCUCGGUGUUCUUGGGCUUUAGUGUUGGGGAGCCUUUUAGAUUCAUCCCAAGGCACCUGAAAUAUGUUUUCGCAUUUCGUGGUGUUUGUUUUCUUGCUUUUCUGUAUGCCUGAAGCCAUUUUGUGGUGCGCAGGCAUCCCUUUCUCAUGUUAAGUGAGGUAACUUGGUGUGGGCCGUCCCUUGGAUGCCUCUGCUCCAGGCUUUUCUGGCUAUGGAGAUGAGCAGGGCUGAAAAAUGCUACUCUGGAGUGCUGCUGGGGUCAGGAACUCCCCAGACAUCCUGGCCUCAAAGGAGCCUUCUCCAUCUUCAGCUCAUUCCUGCCUGGUAAAUCUUCCAGCUACACACAGGCCUGGUGUUGGUGUGCUGUGAGCUUCCCUGCAGUGUCACAGCUGUGGCUGUAUCCUGUCCUGCCCUCCAGGCAGAGGUGUGAGAGCAUUAUCUGCGCUGUGCCCACCAGGAGGUGUUUCCUAAUCAAAAGGUGCCAGUGGUGCAUCUGCUCUCACACUUGCCUUGAUUUGUCUGGCAGCUGAGGUGGAAAAUACCCGGAGACUUGUACAGGGCUGGAGGCUUGCGUGAUUCCGUUCCAUAGAUCCUUCAUGAGGAGUUGAAAAGUUGCACGUAGCCUAAGGGAGGCAAGUUGUAUCCAAGCACUUCAGUGUUAAUGUUGUAGUUUUAUGACUUCUCCCACUUCCUUCGGUGGAAUAAGCCCAUAAUAGCAACCUUUCUGAUGAAGAAAGCAGGAGCCUCUUGCCAUUAUUGUCUGAAUGACUCAUUUUGAAAUGCUCCCUUCAAGCUACUGCUGUGUAAUUGUGCUGCAGCCAAAGAAAGUUCGUGUGGGGCUGUAGUUGGUUCCCAAAACCACAGUCCUGCAGGUGGUGUCAGGUAAUCUCCAUCCACAUAGCUGCAGCCGCCUCCUCUGUGCUUGGGAGGCUUUAAAGAGGGAUGAGAUGGAUGUGGCUGAGAACAAAGGGGAUGAGCUGCUGCCCUCAGGGAAGAGAGGGGUGGUUGUUUAGACCGAAACAGCUGUGGGGCUCUGAGAUUCUGCAGCCCUACACAGUGAAACCUGGAGUGGCUGCGUCCUUGGCUGUGCGUAUCGAUGCCUAAAUGAAAGAAUGCUGGUGCUGCUUGGUACCGCAUUUUUCUCAUUCUGAGAAUUUCUUGGCAAGGCACAGAUCGUCUCUGAGGCAUCUGUGAGUACUGCAGUGCUGAGGUUGAUGUGUGGAGAGAAACAUCUCUGCUCCUAUCAAAGUGUGGUCUGUGCCUGGGGACCUGAGAUUGAAACCUGCACGAGGAGAUGCUGAGAGCCACAGCCCUCCUGGGAUGGGGUUGGAUGGCUGCAGGUGGGCUGGGGGCUGUGCUGUGCAGGGGAGUCCAGCAGGAGCUGUGCUAUGGGGCCUUUACUGCUACCAUCCUAGAGCUGUGGGUCAGAGGGAUCUGGAGGAACUCUGCUUGAGUUGUGGCCAUUGCCAGCAUGUAAUGUUAUUAAAAAAAAAAAAAAAAAAUCAGUCAGGGUUUUUUCCCUUGAUCCCUCUGGUUGCUUGCUUAAGCUUGCUUCAUGCUUUCUCAUACUAGUAAGGCUCCUGGUCCUUGCUCAGACAGGCUGAGAUCACUGGUGGUAAUACCUGGAGACAGCAGCCUGGAAUGGGUGCUUGUAAUGGACUUCUUCUGGUGGGAGAAACUGGUACUUGUUUUCUUGUUUGUUUUGUUUUUCUGACAAACAACCUCAGAGUCCUGUUGCAUCAGCUCCCUGCAGGCAGGAGGGCAGUGCUGAUGGCUGCAGGCAGUGAGGAGCUGCCUGGAUGGGGUCAAAGCACAGUGGUGCAACCUCCUCGCAGCCCACAGGUCAGGUGUGGCUGCUGUGUGGGGGAUUAUUAUUUUCAGAUCCCUACAAUCUCUGUCCUCAGCCACUGUUUGUAGUGGGUGAUGCUCAAGCAGAGCCCGUAGCCCUGCUGAGGUGAGCAAUGGUGCUGCUGCACACCUCUGAUCCUGCAUUGCAGGCUGGGGCUUGUGCUGCUGUGGAUCCAGCGCUGAGCAAAAGGUGAAGGCAGCAGCCACUGGCACCUCUGCUGAGGAGCACAAAGCCAUGCCUUCUGGCAUCUGCUUGUCUGCUUGCCAGGUCGGCAGACUGCAGCAUGUCUGGGGCUCUGCUGGCCAUCCUUGGGCAGAGGAGGGGUGCUGAGCAGGCUGUGCUGUGGCUGGUGAAGGAACCUUGAGCUCAUCUGCGUGGGCUGCUGUCCUUGGGCAAACUUUACGUGCUACUGACCUCGCAUCACCCUGGGAACAAAUGCUUCAGCUGAGCAGGACCUCAAUUGAGUAUUGUUUUGGUGCAGAGUCCCUGCAAAUACUGGGUGGUCACGUAUGCCAUGCACAGCCAGGUUAAAACCCUGCCUGGGGCACUCACUGGAAUUACACCCCUAUGCUUAAUUCUGUAAAUGUGCUUAAAACCAGUGGUAGCGGUGUCUCAUUAGUUCAUAACAAUCUCUAUUUGAUCUUUUCUCCGGCCAGAAAAUGUCCUGACUUGAAGCUGUGAGGUGUUACUUGCUCUCACCAGUUUGCAGUUGGUAGAAGCUCCAUCUCUCCAGCGAUAAGUAUAAGCCUGAAACUCAGGGUGAGGACCUCUAAGGGGUGCUUGGGUUGUGCCCUGGAUGCUGCCUGUCCAUGGCAGGUGAGCAAGCUCUGCCACUGGGAAAGGCUUUAAAAGCCUCUGAGACAGCAGGUGUGAGAGGAAUGUGUGCCUGGUGCAGUGAAAUCCCCAGUGGCAGGGAUGGAUGUGAGGAGACAGGCAGGGAUCUGCAGGGCCGGGAUGCUGCUUGUGGGAGAAACCCCUCCUGCCCUGAAAAAGAGCGUUGUGAGGUUACCUUUGUGAAGGGAUUGCCCCAGAAAUAUUUUGCAGCAUUUGCGGUGCUUUAUAAAUGUGAGCCUCUGUCUCUCUCCUCCGGAAUCCUGCCAAUCUGGGGCUUUAAAAAGCACAGCGAUUUGCUGGGUUAUGUAAGUAGAAGUCUUUAAAAUCUUCCUGAUCCAGGCACCUUCAAAGAAGAGACCACAGCAGCAAUGUAUAGGACGUGGGGGAGGGAAAGGACUGUGGUCUUCUCCAGGGUCUGUUCCCAUUUGAUGCAGUCUGGAUUGCAUAAAAAAAAAAAACAUAGCUGUUCCUGCCAUUGCUGUGCAGGAUGAGGGCUUGCUGUAGGCUACCUGUUCCUGCAGGUUUGUCAAGACUUCACAGGCUAGCAGAUGUGAUACUUCCAGUCAUUACUUGGUCUCAUCAGUCUUAAUUACAGCGAGUAUGGUUGCUUUGUUUCCUAAUAGGGCAAACUGUAGCUGGCUGCCUGGCAGCUGUGAAUAUGAUUUCCAAACACAUCUUACAUGUUGCUGCUCUUCCAAAACAGAACUGUAAAUGUCAUAACUGUUCAUUUACUUUAUAUAUUUUCUUUUGCAAAGGGGAGGGAAGCUUUCCCUUUGGACUGGCUGCCUUCUGUGUGCUUUUCUUCUCCCAUUUGAAGCCUCCCUUUGAUAGAAGUAUUCUAAAACUGGCCUUCCUUAAUGAGGUUUUGCAGUGAGUCAGGGCAAAAUGCUGUGACAUGCAGAGCUCGUGUAAACCCUCUGGCAUCGAACUUUGGGGUUCUUGCUUAAUGGUCUCCAACUUCAGUCCAAGGUAUUUCACUAUGCAUUGGCACCACAAGAGAGGUUGUCUUGCUCUUCAAAAGUCUUUUAUGGAAGGAUGCCACCUGAGCAAGCAUAGAAGAGGAAUGAGCCCAGCCACAAUGAUUUUGGCACAGCUCAGCUGCUUGGGACUGAUGGAAGAUCUAAACCUGUGUUCCCCAAGGCCUCAGCAAUAUCCCCAGAUGUUACUACCAGUGACCUCUAUUUAUGCUAUCAACUGGUUUGUAUUACUGAACAGUAGCUGGAUUUUCUGUUACCAAAAUUCAGUAGCCUCUCUUUUUCUUUUUUUAGCCUUUCAGGCAAAUCAAAGCUGUUAGAUGAUGCCUUAAAGCAUCGCUGGGUGCUGUGAGAGCUCAGUGUGACUCAAAACCUAAGAGUGAGCUGCAGGCUGUGCAGCGUGGCUGGAGGUGGUGUCAAACCCCAGUAUUGCUAUCAGUGUGUAACUUUAAGGGUGGGUUGCCUGUGUGGCCAGAGGGCAGAGUGUGUGGUGGCUGUUUGGGGUGAGCUGAUGGGAAUUGCUUAGAGGAACAUCCUGUGAGUGAUUCCUGUGACUGGAGGAGCCUGUGUGCUCAUGACAGUCAUGUGCUGUGCUGGAGCGUGGGUGAAUUACCCUUCCAGCCAAAAAGAUCCACGCCUGGCUCAGGCUAAACCAGUCUUAAAGGCUUAGGGCAGGCUCGGGUGCUGGGCUCCCUGUGGUGUGGGGCUGGCUGCCUCCUCCUGCCCGCCACCGCAGGCCUGCAGUUUGGCAGAUGGAGCUGCAGGGCCACGUGAGGCCUGGCCUGUGCUGUGAGGUGAAAGCGAUCCGGGCACCCAUGGGAGGGAGCUGGCUGCCAAGAGCAUGGCAAAACGUGCCAGGUAGAUGCUGGCAUGAGAACGGCCGUGGAUGCGAUGGUAAUCGCCGUGAGCCCGAGCGGACGUGUGCUAUAAAUAGGGCUUGUGGCACCUCUGUGCUGCUUCACAUGGAGCUGUCGCUGCGUUGUGGUGUCACUUCCAGGAGCUCUUGUGCUCCAUUGUGUCUCCAGGUGAAAGCCUGAGCUGGGAGAUUGUAUGAGAGGGUUUAGGCUGUGCUGGAGGAGCUUGAUGUGCUCCUUCCUUCCCCUCUGUGCUCGGUGUGAGCAGUGCUUCAGCUCUGCCCUUCUCAGCUGUGGCAUCUUGCUGUAGGGAACCCAGCUCUGAAGGCAUCCUGAAAUCUUCAGGGCCCCAUGGGAGCUGCAGGGGCAGUUCCUGUUGUUUUGCAUACGGUGGAACAACAUGCGAGCAGCUGAUUUGGUCGUGUUUCCUCUGUGGGAUGGAUUGUGCUGCUCUCUGCUGUCUGAACAGCCUUGUUUUCUCAAGUGACUGCAGCUUCAAGGUGUGUGCCAGCUGUGCAGGCUGUACAAGAGCUGUGGUGCUGGGGCUGCAUGGGCAGCACCGUCCCAGCUGUGUUUCCUUGUGCUGGGAAUGGCUUUUUUGGUCUCAGAGGAGGGGUUUAGCAGUGCUGGGAUGCAGAGUGUCCUGGGAGGGCUGGAGCACCUCCCCCUCCCUGCCCCAGGGAAGGACAGAGCCCUGGCAGCAUCCCACUGUUGUUGCUCACAGCUAAGUUUAGCCGCAGCCUGUGACCUUCUGGGACUGCAGGACUGAUGGUGUGCUGUCUUGACACCUGCCUGCCUUUACAUUGCAGAAAGCCCUGGCUUGUGCGCAGUUUUAUCUGAUCUUUGAACCCCGACUGAUCCAUUGCCAGCCUCAUUCAAGAUGCCACCGGCCAUUGGAGGCCCUGUGGGAUACACUCCUCCUGAAGGAGGCUGGGGAUGGGCUGUGGUCAUCGGAGCCUUCAUCUCCAUUGGAUUUUCCUAUGCCUUUCCCAAAUCCAUCACUGUGUUCUUCAAAGAGAUUGAGGUCAUCUUCAACGCAUCUAGCAGCAAAGUCUCAUGGAUUUCCUCUAUCAUGCUGGCUGUUAUGUAUGCAGGAGGUCCCAUCAGCAGCAUCCUGGUGAACAAGUAUGGCAGCCGGCCCAUCAUGAUCGUGGGUGGGUGCCUCUCGGGGUGUGGUUUGAUUGCAGCCUCUUUCUGCAACACUGUGGAGGAGCUCUACUUCUGCGUGGGAGUCGUAGGGGGCCUUGGACUUGCAUUUAACCUGAACCCUGCCUUAACCAUGAUUGGCAAGUAUUUCUUCAAGAAGCGUCCCCUGGCGAAUGGACUGGCUAUGGCAGGCAGCCCUGUGUUCCUGUCGACCUUGGCACCUGUGAACCAGCUCUUCUUUGGCAUAUUUGGCUGGCGAGGGAGCUUCCUCAUCCUCGGUGGUCUCCUGCUGAACUGCUGUGUUGCUGGGUCCCUCAUGCGGCCGAUUGGUCCCAAGCCAGACCAGCUGAAAAAAGAGCCCACUAAAGAGGUAUUGCAGGAAGCUGGGAAAGCAGUGAAAAAAGGUGAUGGUGAUACUAGCACAGACCUCAUCGGUGGGAAGACAAAGAAACAGAAGAGCACGCUUUUCCAGACGAUCAACAAGUUCUUGGACCUGUCCCUCUUCACACACAGAGGCUUCCUGCUCUAUCUCUCAGGCAAUGUGAUCAUGUUCUUCGGGCUGUUCACUCCCUUGGUCUUCCUCAGCAAUUAUGCAAAGAGCAAGAAGAUUGCCAACGAGUCUGCGGCCUUCUUGCUGUCCAUCCUGGCCUUCGUAGACAUGGUAGCCAGACCUUCCAUGGGACUGGUGGCAAACACCAAGUGGAUCCGACCAAGAGUCCAGUAUUUCUUUGCCAUCUCUGUGAUUUACAAUGGGGUGUGCCACCUCUUGGCCCCCAUGUCCACCACCUAUGCUGGGUUCUGCAUUUAUGCUGGCUUCUUUGGCUUUGCCUUUGGCUGGCUUAGCUCGGUGCUGUUUGAAACCUUGAUGGACCUGGUGGGAGCGCAGAGGUUCUCCAGUGCUGUUGGCCUUGUGACCAUUGUGGAGUGCUGCCCCGUGCUUCUGGGACCCCCUUUGCUCGGUAAGCUCAAUGACAUGUAUGGUGACUACAAGUACACGUAUUGGGCCUGUGGGAUCAUCCUCGUUGUCUCUGGGAUCUACCUCUUCAUUGGGAUGGGCAUCAACUACCGCCUGGUGGCAAAGGAGCAGAAGGCGGCGGAGGAGAAGACGAAGAACGAAGGGAAAGAGGAGGAGACCAACAUCGAUGAGGCUGAGAAACAGAAAGAAGCAAACAAUGAUGUGGCUACCUUGCCUCAGAAGAGCACAGAAGACGGUGUCAAAGAGGAGGAAAGCCACAUGUGAGGGACUGGUUUUAAUCCCAGGGUGUCGGGGGAAGCGCCGCUGUCCUGAAGCAGUGUCUGGGGAAAUGCUCUGCUCGUGUUGGGCGGCUGUGAGAAGUGUUUAAACCAGGUGUUCAUUUUUUAACCAGGCUCUGAACUGUCUUUCCAUCUGUGUUCAACAAAGGUAACAGAGCUACAUGCGCAGUAUCCUCGCAUGUUUGGGGUGGGGGUGGGGGAAGGGAUGACUUUUUAUAUUCUGGCUUUUUAACAGUAACAUGAUUGUACUAAUAUGUGCCUUACAGUCUUCAAAUCUAGCUGAAUCUGAAUGAGCCUUAACUCUACUCUAAGCCGUGCUUUAGCUCUGUAUUCUGCUUGGGGAAUGAUGUGUGUGCGUUCGUGUGUAUCUUUGGGAGUUCUGUUGAUAAAAGCCAUAAAAAGCAGGAUACUGGGUUUGUUGGAGCAUGAUAGAUGUCAGGGCUGAGCCCCAGAUGAAUCCUGCUUCACACGCUUCUUACUGCAGACGCUGGGCAUGGGGGCAGUGGGUCUUCAGCUUCCAUGCCAGAUGCCUCCUGGCUCUGUUAGGUGGUCUUCAGGCAUGCUUUGAAAACUUUUAGCUACUGUAGUUCUUUAAAAUCCUUCCUUUUUGUAGUUUGGUUCUCAUGGGAUAAACAGGCUGGAGAAGGAUGGCCACAGUUCAUGUCAGGCAGCAUCUCCUGUGUGGUCGCCCACUCUGGGCCUGAGCAAAUCCUCCCCCAGCAAGGCAUGACCUGGGUGCUGGGGUCUGUGCCCACGGGUGGGGAACCUGGCACUGCUGAGGCAGAGACUCUUACCUGUGUAAUAAGAUGUAAUAUGAAAUGUGUAUGAGUGGAGCUCAGCUGGCACCACAGCAGGGCUUGGAGCAGGUGGCAUCCCUUGGCCUCUCCACAGCAGAUCCAGGACAGGCUUCUACCUGGAAGGCACCAGCCCAGCAUCCUAUCCAGCUGAGACAAGUGGGUUUGGAUGCUUUGUGCUUUGCAGAAGGGGCCAGAUGGACCAGACUGCUGUAGACGCAUCCCUGAGACAGGCAUUCUGCUUUUCCUCUUUUAUCUCUUAGAAAAACCUCUUUUACUUGCUUCUGUUCAACUUAAGAUCAUAAGGUGAUGGAUGCCUUACCGCUCUCAUUUAGGACAUGUAAAGGGGAGGAGAGAAUUUGUAAGUAUUUAUUUUUUAUUUUUUAGUGUUGGAAAAUAUCUCAAUGUACGUGGAGCAGGUUCAUGGCUCUCAAGUUAUAGUACACGUUGAUCAGAAAUCUUGUGAGAGGCUGAGUAUUUUUUUUCAAAUAAACUUUUUUUACAAUUAUCCCUUUUAUGUUUAACUCUUAUUUCAUGCUGACAGCAUGUUCCAGGAACAUGCCAAAGGAUGUGCAUCUGGGGAGAUGAGUGGGGUUAAAGCAGCAGGCUGACCGGCCAGGUAUGGUGCAGAGUACUUCCUUAGCAGGUUUUUUGUGUUGUGAGAGAGGAGGCAGGAAAGAAACUUGGUGCUUCCCUUUGAGGAUGGCUGAGCCUUGGUAUGCAGAUCUCUUCCUGCAGCAAGAAGCUCCUUGGCCUGAAACUCCUGCCUGCAGGAGACAGUGCCUUUUCCCAUGGGCCUGGCCAAGGCUGACACAGUGCCCAACAUGGGGGUGUGUAGGAGUGCAUGUGUGUGCAUGCCUGUGUAUGUGUCUUACUGCUUCACUUGCAGCCUUUGCAUGUCAGGAGAACGCAGCCUUGGGGAGAAACUGAGUUCCUGCCUGCUUCUCCAGCUGCAUAGAACUGCUGCUGGUAUGGUGUGUCUGCCCUGCUUGGGCCAGAAGCUGCUGUGGCUCCAGCAAGGGAUGGAGUUUGUGUUUUGUGCCUCUUUCAAUCUCUUUAGCUGCAAGAUGGCAACAGCCAGGUUGUUCCUAUGCACUCUGUUUUUAGAGACAGCUUUCCUCUCUUUUUAGCAGGAUGCCUAUGAAAGCCGUAAGGUUCUUCUUCACUGCCCAGUGGGGGCCCUUUGUCUGCUCUGUGGGUAGGGCUGUGAUGGAGGGGCUCCCACCCCAAGCCCUGCUGCAGCCUCUGGUGCUGUCUGUGCUGCUGUGGAUGUCUGCAGGCCUGGUGCUGCCAGGAGGAGGGAACCCAGCUGCCCCCCAUCAGCCCUGUGGGGUGCCUGGUGCCCGUGGUGGCCUCACUCAGGGUGCUGACUGCUCUGCUCUGCACCUCUCCUGGCUGCUGCAGUUCUCCAUCGUUGUCAGCCAGCUCCAAAUCUCACAGGAAAAAAAAAAAAAAAAAAAAAAAGGCCAGGGUAUUUCAUACUGUAGAGUAACUUUAUAAAGCCAACAGUAUUUUUGUACAAAAGGACUUUAUUGUACUGAGCUUGUAAUACUGGAAAACCAAGUAAUUGUAUUUUUCAUUAAGUGCUGUGUCUAUUGUAGUUACCAUAACUGGUUCCUGUUGCAAUAAACUAACCGUGAUGA